AUGGAGAACAGUGUGAACAUGUUUGGGAAGAGUGAGUCCCCGAGAUCACCGACUAGGCUGCAGAGGAAAGCACCCACGGCUCUGCAUCUUGACCAUGUUCCCGAGAAUCCCCUUUUGCAGCAGUCUUGUGAUGCGACUGCAACCGCAGCUAUUCCUCUGCUUUCACCUCUCUUUGUGUCUCCAAACCUGCACUCUUCUCUCCCGCGAGAAGAGGGCGAUCUGAAGUGUCGGGCGGGUUUUACUCAGAAGAACGAAUCUCAACCGUCAAUGGACCACAAGGAAGAGUGGCAAUAUUCUGCUAAGGCCGACCAUAGCAACCAGAUGGCUCUCAUGAAUAUGUUUCAGACCAAGUUAAUGCUUGUAGAUAAUUCACAAUGA